AUGGGGUCUGGGACCGCUUUGUUCUCCCUGCUUGCUAUUGUGCUGGCACACCUCGUAAACGGCGCGCUCUACACCAAUCCUAGUCAACUGGGUGCCAGUCAAUAUGAUUUUAUCAUUGUGGGCGCGGGUACUGCUGGACUUGUCAUCGCAAACAGGCUGUCAGAGAUCCCGUCUAACUCGGUUUUAGUCAUCGAAGCUGGUAUUAGUAACCUUGCUGAUCCUAGCGAUGAAGUACCAUUCCUGGAUUCCACCCUCUCUCCGGACACAAUAUUGACCUGGAAUUACACCACAACCCCUCAAUCAGGGCUGAACGAUCGCACUUUGCCGUACCCAAGGGGCCGUGUCUUAGGCGGCUCCAGUACAAUUAACUUCCAGAUAUGGACGCGAGGAUCCGUCGACGACUACAACCGAUAUGCGAAUGUCACGGGUGACCCCGGCUGGUCUUGGAAUGAGAUAUUGCCAUAUAUGAAGAAGGCAAGAACACCUGUUUUCUCAUCGUACGGGACCCUGAAGAUACAAUUUCAGAGCGAAAGCCUGGUACCGCCAAGCGACCAUCACAACACAACAGGGCAGGUCGACCCUCUUGUUCACGGCACGAGCGGUCCCGUCCAAAUCAGCCUGGCUGGCUACUCGACGGGGAUCGACCAACGCGUGAUCGAGACGUCUCAUGAGCUGCAGCAUGAGUUUCCAUACAACAUUGAUUACAAUGCGGGAUAUCCUCUCGGCCUUGGCUGGUCGGUGGGUGCGGUGUCAACUUCGGGACGGAGAAGCAGCUCUGCCACGGCGUAUCUUGAUCCGAUCCUCUCUCGCUCCAACUUAGAUGUCCUUAUUCAGACGCAAGUCACAAAGCUCGUCUCGCAGAACUCCACUGGGGGCUCCCUGUCUUUCAGGACUGUUGAGAUGGCACAGAGCUCGACCAGUGAGCGUUACACUGUCAGCGCGACAAAAGAGGUCAUCCUCUCUGCUGGCACCAUUGGCACGGCACAGAUUCUGCAGCUGAGCGGGAUUGGGGACCCCGCACUCCUUGAGUCCGUGGGAGUGACGCCUCUCGUCAACUCGCCGAAUGUUGGCCAGCACCUCACCGACCACCCGCUCUUGAGCAAUCAGUGGCUUGUCAACACGAGCUUUACGCUCGACAACGUCGCGCGCAACGCGACUCUCGCGGAUGAAUUACUCCAAGAGUGGAACACGACUGGAACGGGAGUAUUUGUAGACGACGGUACAAACCAGAUUGCGUGGACGAGGCUGGCCAACGAGACAGAGGUAUUCAAGAACGUCACAGACCCUUCCGCGGGACCUGCUUCUCCGCAUAUUGAGCUUAUUCCAGCCGACGGCUACGCCUCGUUUGUGGCACCUUUACCAGAGACAGGAAACUAUCUAACCAUUCUCACAAAUGUUGUUUCUCCCGCGUCCCGCGGCUCAGUGACCCUAGCCUCGGACGACCCUUUCGAUGACCCUCUAAUCGAUCCCGGCUUCUACACGAACCCGCUCGAUCUAUACAGCAUGGUCGAGGCCAUCAAGCAGGCACGCCGCUUCUUGUCAGCCUCGGCAUGGGAUGGCUACGUGGUAUCAGAGACGUCGUACCUCUCCGCGGCGCAGACAGACGAGCAGAUCGCUGAGUACGCGCGCAAUUUUACGUCAACUGUGUUCCACCCAAUUGGGACCGCUCGGAUGGCGGCGAACGACAGCAAUGAAGGGGUUGUCACACCAAGCCUGCUUGUCAAGGGCACAGAUGGCCUCAGGAUAGUUGAUGCAUCGGUGCUGCCAUACAUUCCAGCCGCGCACCCUCAGGCUUGCAUCUACGCCGUGGCGGAGAGAGCAGCUGACCUAAUCAAGGCUGCUUGGGGGGAAUCCAUGUGA